AUAGAAGGUAAACAAACGAAAGCUUGCGUUAGUCUUGCCUCAACGUGCGUUUAUUUAGGGCCAAAACAAUCGGGGAGGCAACGUUAGAGUGGAUUAAUUUCAUUAAAUCUCCCACAUUUUUUGGUAUUUGCAACCAAUUUUAAUAAUGCAGAGUAUUGCACAAUUACUACAAGCUGCAGAUUUUAUUGAAAGAAGAGAAAGAGAGGCCGAACAUGGCUAUGCAUCAACUUUACCUAUGCCCGAUCUAUAUUCAAAGAAACGAACGAAGGGGAAGAAAGCACAGGGAAAUAGGUCAACACAUAAUGAAUUGGAGAAAAAUAGGAGAGCACAGUUAAGACAUUGCUUAGAACAAUUAAAGAGUAUAGUGCCAUUAGGCCAGGAUACCUCCAGGCAUACCACAUUAGGUCUCUUAACAAAAGCCAAAGGCUUUAUUAAGAUAUUAGAAGAUAAAGAAAAAAAGCAAACAAGCCAAAAAGAAAAUUUGCGUCGAGAGAGGCGCCAUUUACAGCGCAAACUGGAAUCCCUUACUGCGGGUCAGUACAGGGUAAGACAGGAACGUAGUAUUAGUGAAUGUAGUACGUCUACAAAUUCAACUACCUCAACUUCAGAAUCUGAUGAAGUCGAUAUUUUGGGCUAUAAUAGCUCCCCUAGUGAUACCGAUGAUCAUAGCAGCAUUCUCAGUGGCGGCAGUGAUGGCUGUGGAUUAGAUAACAACAAUUUUAGUUACAAUAUGGAUGAUUCAAAUUGUUCUGAUACUCUCUGAUACCAGUUGAAUACGUCCAUUCAUUCUAGUGCCGUUGUGUAGCAUAAUGGUGGGCGUUACUUAUAUAUGGUGAUGAAAAUAUAGAAAGAAAAUUUUCAAAAAAAACAAAAAAAUACUAUAUUAAAUGCGUAAAAAAAAAAGUCAGAUCUGUUGAAGAGGAUAUGCUGAGUAAUACAUACAUGGAUAUAUAUAAUUCUAUUACAUUAGUCCAACAGUCGACUGGUUAAUAUCUUUCUGUAUGGAAUUGCCGUAUUAUUGCCAUGUGAUAUUUUGGUUAUGUAUGUAUAGUUAUAACAGCUCACCAGUUACGGUUAAUACAUGUACAUCGUGAGUUUUAUUAUCUGAUAAUGAAAGAAUAUGAGAUCCAAUACGAAAAUCAGUUGGCAGCCAUUGGUAAACUAGAAUUUUUAUUUUUUAUGUUGUGUUUUAUUUGCCAAGGAAUUGGCAGUCAUGUGACAAGAUGUCUAGGAAUAUAUAAAUAUGAUUACAGCAGUAAAUAACAUAUUGCAUGUGUAAGGUAGCGUGUACAUGGAAAAAAAAAAGAAAAAAAAAGAUUCAAACUGUAUUCUAUUCUAACCUACAUGUAUCCUUCAAUUACCUGUCACUAACCAAAACAUGAGCUAAUCUUUAAAAUCUUGUAAUCUAUCCUAUUACCAGGAUUUUUUGGGGAACAUUGUCACAGAUUGUAAUCUCACAAAUUGGGAAUUUAUUUAUUUCCAUAUAUUUAUCUACCGGUAUUUAUUUGUAUAGGAAUUAUGAAAAGUGUGGUGUUGGUCCAAGAUCACCAGUAAAAGAGUUGUGCGUUAUGAAUGUGUUUGAGUGUGCUGAUAAUGUUCCCUAAAUUAUUAAUUUAAACAUAACUCACCCAUACAAAAAUUCUAUGGUAGCUAUCAAACAUAUAUUUUAUUAAGAGAAAAAUUCUAAAAGAUAUUUUGGAUUUUGAAUUGUAAAUACGCGAAGUUGAAUUUGUAAUUCAAGCACAUUGCUAUUAAAUGAAAUCUUAUAAUUUCAUUAUUGUGGUAUGUAACUUAAGUUCUGAGAAAACAUAAGCCUGCAUACAAAAGGGUUUAUCAAUCCUUGAAUGAUAUGUGCAAUGAAUGAAUUAUUCUAAAACAAUUAAUUAAAAUGUGAUAUAUAUUGGACUAUGAUCAAAUUUGUAAAAAGAAAACAAAACAAAUGUGCCAAUUAUCAGUUAAACUGAUGAAAAUAUUUCAGGAUCUGAACAAUAGUUAUAGUACUAUCUAUUUUAUGUAAAUAUGUGAGUACAGUACUACUAUUAAUUCAGAAAAAAAGUUUUAAAAUAAAGCAGUAGUAAAGCUGUCCAGUAUUGUAUGAAACUUGUAAUUUGAAAGGGGUAUGCAAGAAACAAGUUAUUCCAUAAUUCUAUCAAAAGUUUCUUAAUAAUGAGCUGAUUUCUAAACCAGUUGAAAUGCCAUCACAGAAGGGUUGGGUUUUCUGCUCAGAUUUAUAGCAGGUGUAUUACUUUUCCUGCAGACUUAGCACUUUAUUUGAAUUUAUGAUGUUUGCUUGGUCAUAUAGGCUUACAUGUAGAUUAUGAAAUCUUUUUUAUUUGAUAAAACUCGGCAUGAAUCCUAUGAAAAUAGCUAGUCUGUGGUGGUAAUAUCAAUGUGUGUGUACAUGGAGUAAAGUAUUUUUCAUGGAUUAGUGGUGAGUACAUGUUAUUAUGCUGAUUAUAGGCAGUGUGGAGAAUAUGUCAAUCACUGCCAGAUGUUGAUUACAUCUAGUUAUUUCUAUAUAAGUAUAAUAAUUAGUACACAACCAGUGAACCACAUACAUAUACAGUAACUAAUGUAAUUUUAUCAGUAAAACCAUGUAAUGGAUAAAACCUGAAUACAUGUAUGUUCGACAGAAGACAAUUGUACUCUCUCAUCAGUAAAAAAAAAAGUUCAAAUAAUACAGUAUAUUAAAAUAAUUGUAUUUUUUAUGUACAUGUAUGCAACUUGAACCUCAAUGACACUGCAAAACCACAAAGAAUGAUAAACUUCAUGUACACAUCUAUAGGCUUACUACUACAGUUAGCCUCUUUAUUUCCUUCUUCCAAUCCAGUGUUAGACAGAAGAGAAGACACUUCCCUGUCGUUAGUUAUUAUUAAAAUUAAUUAAUAUAUUUCCUCCAUUAUUUAAUCUAUUUAUCUGUUGGUGAUUUUAUUUGUUAACCUAGACCAUGGUUUAGAUAUUGUAACUUCUAAACAUUAAAACAUUUGAUGUACUUAAAUUAUAUAUUUAAUAAUGGCAUGAUUACUGUCAGUUUAUUAACAUUAUUAUGUUAACGCAUAGUUUUAGAUUCAUACUUUCCCAUGAAGUAUCUUUUAAUGAAGAUUACUUAAUUACUUAUUAUGGAUAUCAAGUAAACAUAUUGUUAACUUUUCAAGAAUGCACAAUGAGUGUUGUAGCUCUUAUUUUUAAAUUGAAAAUUAAUCUUUUAAUAAGGAAACAUUCAAUUUUAUUUAAUUGACACAUUAUUGUUAAAGAUUUUUAUUGCUUUUAAUUAACUAAAUUUUUAUUGCAUACUAUUAUUAGAAGUUUUAGAAUCUGCUGUUUAAAUGGGUUGUCUCCAAUCAACAUCAUACUGUUAAUUAUACAGGGUAUACAAUGUAAAUUUGUUUUGAUAUACAUGUAUCAAAAGUCUAGAUUAUUCUUAAUCUAAUUUCUAUGAAUAAUGAUAUAUAAACUAAGAAGUUCUGGUGUGAAAUUUUAACCAUCCUUCCAAGUUAACUUUCUUUUUCUAAAAGAAAUAUUAAUGAUAAUAACUACUGUUAUUACUAUAUUUACACUUAAAAAUAGGGCAAAAUUUAGAAGCAUGUAUCAGAAAUAUGGAAAUUAUUUCAUAUGUAUAUAUAUUUGUAGAUGUAGAAACUGAAAGCAACAUUCACUGAAUUAUUAAAACUUAGAUGAUUUUAUAAACAAGGUGCUAAUGUUACAAGAUCAAACAUGAUGUGUCUGUGAUAGACAGGCAAUGUCACAAGUUGUUACAUGGACAAGCAUUACAACUAAACUCCACACAAUUGGAAUUCAUUUAGAAAUACACAUUGUACCAUGUAUGAAAAAAAAAAUUGUUGGAAAUAUUGUUAUGAAUUAUUUAUUACAUACAUGUUUAUUACAAAUAAUGGAGUGUGUUCAUCAAGAAAGGUGUUUUUAUUAAUCACUGAUUUCAAAAGUCUUGUUCUCUGUGAUGUCAAACUUUGUUUAGGGUUUGGUUGCUUUCCGUGUAACGCUUCAAGUGCUAAAUUAUUAAAUAAAAAGAGAGAUAAAUGGCUUCUGUUAAAACGUGAAAGAUUAUAAAAAGCCAUUAAAGUUGUUUUCAUUUAUUAUCUAUUAUAUUAUUUAACAUAUUAUUAUUAUUUUGUGGGAAUUCCAUGUACAAGCGAUGUAAGUUUUUGUUGUAGACUGUGUUAAAACACUGACCCUAUAGAUUGAUAGACAUGUAUUAAGAUGGUUAUAAAUUUGACCAUUAUUCAAUAUAGGUUGUUCUAUCAGCAUCUGUCUAUGAACAACCUAUAGACUAUUUUGUUGUUGUAUCUUAUGAUCAGAUGAAAGUGUCUGGUCGAAUUGUAGAAACCUAGACAUGUUUGUGUACAUAUGACAAAUUAAUUUUAUUUGUUCAAACUUCUCAUUUUGAGGAAUAAAAUGAUAUAAUUAUUAAA